AUGGCUCAGCCGGACGGCACGGAUGGCGUUCUGCCCGAAGGCAUUUCCUCGCUGCUCGACACCGAUCUCUACAAGCUCACGAUGCAAUGCUGCGUUCUGAAAUACUUCCCCGAUGUCCAUGUCACGUACAACUACACAAAUCGCACGCCACACAUGAAACUCAAUCGCGCUGCAUACCGUUGGCUGCAGACGCAAACAGACAAGCUCGCGAGGAUUUCCCUGUCUGAGGAUGAGUUGCAGUACCUUCGGAAGAACCUCACGUUCUUGAACGAGCCGUACCUGCGUUACAUGUCCACCUUCCGCUUGGAUCCACAGAAGCAAGUCAAGCUGUCAUUCACGCCAGAACAGGAUACGGGCGGUGACGAAGACGUCGGUGAUAUACAACUUCAUACCGAAGGACUUUGGGUGGAGACGAUCCUCUACGAGAUUCCAUUGCUUGCCCUUGUGAGCGAAGCCUACUUCAAGUUCAUCGACAAGGAUUGGGACCACGCUGGCCAGAUCGAUAAGGCAAAGGACAAAGGCACGAAGUUGCUGCAAGCUGGGUGUAUCUUCUCUGAAUUUGGCAGCAGGCGCCGAAGGGACUAUCACACGCAAGACCUCGUGCUUCAUGGUCUCCGCCAGGCGCAAGACGACGGCGAGCAUGGAGGCUGGCCGGGAAAACUGAGCGGAACCAGCAACGUCCACUUUGCAAUGAGGCACGGUCUUCCGCCUGUGGGGACAGUAGCGCACGAGUGGUUCAUGGGUGUUGCAGCGAUAACCAACGACUACGAAAACGCCAGUGAAACUGCGCUGCGUUACUGGGUCGGCACGUUUGGCCAAGGCGUCCUCGGUAUCGCAUUGACAGACACGUACGGCACGCCCGCGUUCCUCCGCGCCUUCAAAAAGCCUAUCCCCUCUUACACAACCGCCGAACCUGGCGCCGCAGCCACCAACCCCUCCGCCGCCGCCGGCUCGACCAUCUCGUCCGUCGAUACCCUCAGCGAGACGAAGCCACCACUGCACGCGCCCAUCUCGAAGCCGAAUCCCAGAGAAACUUCGGUCCCCACAUAUGCCCAAGUGUUCACCGGCGUCCGCCAGGAUUCCGGCGACCCAGAAGGCUUCAUCAAAAUGAUGCGCUCCUUCUACGACGCCGAGGGAAUCACGGACAAAAAAACGAUCGUCUUUUCCGACUCCCUCAACAUCGACCUCUGCCUCAAAUACAAAGCCGCGGCCGAGGCGCAAGGUUUCCAGCCAACCUUCGGCGUGGGCACCUUCCUGACCAACGACUUCACGAGACUGAGUACGGGGGAGAAAAGCGUCCCGCUAAAUAUUGUGAUCAAGAUUGCGAGUGUAGAUGGCAGGCCGGCGGUCAAGAUUAGCGACAAUAUCGGAAAAAACACGGGAGACAAGGAGACGGUGGAGGAGGUGAAGAGAAGGCUGGGGUAUCAGGAGAAGGAAUGGGCCGAGGGUGAUGAGAAAGCGAGAUGGGGGAAGGAAGGGGAGAAGGCGUCGGAUGCGACGAGUCUAAAGUGA